AUUUGCAAUCCCUAAAUUCAUCCAUUGCCUGCCAACAUGAAUUGACCAUUUUGUAGGCUACUGUACAUACUUUGUUCAAACCAAAAGUCGUGCAUAUUUGCACACACGAAACUAAAACGCUUGUAUUUGGUUCCUUUUGAAAGAUUCCUGUGCACAAGACAUUAAGCUAACUUUUCGGGCUGAUUACAUAAACAGAAAGUAAUUGGUGGAAAUUGUAUUCUAAUUAAAUAUUUGCUGACUAUCGUAAAAUAUAUGCUCGUGCCGCCACGUUACAUUCUUUGUACCUUUAAAUUGUUGCAUCAUGCAGAAAUAUCAGGGAUUGUUUGUUAUUGAGUGAAUUAAUAUAGGCACAGUUGAUCGAUACGUGGGCGUGCGUCAUCCGCACAACGCCACUAAACCUACCCCAGAGAUAAAGUGUUCACUGUAAGGCAGAUGUUUUUAUUUUGCAUCGUGAUGAUGGAAGUCAGAUGGAUUGACAAAAGUGAACUACGGUCUGCUUACAUGCGGUGCGCUUCCUGCCCCGUGUGGUUAGUGUAGAUGUUUCCGUAGCUGCAGCGAAGUGUAACGUCGUAGCUCUUAGAGCUUAUACUGCUCACAUCCCCUGACUGAGAGCGCCGUGACCCGGGCGACUGCGCUUGCAAUUUUGGCAUCAAGAGGAAAACAAAGCCGAUAUUUCCUUAACGGAAAGAAACGCCAUAUAAUCGGUGAUGUAAAUCACAGUGCAACGGGAUUAUUAUUCACUCCGGGAAGAAUACAGCAGUAAAGUGGACCGCAAUUCCAGAGACAACGGCUGGUCACUAACAAAGAUGAGCUACUGUUGUGCAUUUUUUAGCAGAAAGCUGCAUUCCUUGCAAUCUGGAGUUGACAGCUGAAGAGUCGUAAUUUUUAUUACAGGAGAAGUCAACAGCUAUUUCACAAUCGCAUUGUCUAAACCACUGAAACACUUUAUUUUAUUUUCGAAUGGACAUACCGUAGUAGUCGAAUCGUUUUGAUAUUUUAAUCGUACCUUUUUUUUGCCCGGUUGUGGUGCGGACAAAAAGACCAGCUUAGCGUUGCAGUUAAGCAGCCGAUUACUAUUGGAAAUUAUGCCCGAAUUAAAAUGAACAAUAUAUCUUAAAAGGACACUGUAUCGGUCUGGGUUAAUGCUCUAAAGCUUUUUUCGUAUAUCAAAUGCUGGAGUAGAAUUAAAUCAUCCGUGAUACGGUAACUUUUGUAAGAAUAUACAUAUCGAAUAUACUUUAAACAACGAGGACUGUUACAGUAUCAGCGGAAUAUGUUGUUGAAAGAGUACAGAAUAUGUAUGCCGCUAACGGUGGAAGAGUACAGGAUCGGACAGCUGUACAUGAUCAGCAAGCAUAGUCACGAGCAGAGCGACCGCGGGGAGGGCGUGGAGGUGGUGCAGAACGAGCCCUAUGAUGACCCCGUCCAUGGGUGUGGUCAGUUCACUGAGAAGCGGGUUUACCUGAACAGUAAGCUCCCCAGCUGGGCUAGAGCAGUGGUCCCGAAAAUCUUCUAUGUGACGGAGAAGGCCUGGAACUACUACCCCUACACCAUCACAGAGUACACAUGCUCAUUCUUGCCGAAGUUUUCCAUCCACAUAGAAACCAAGUAUGAGGACAACAAAGGCAGCAACGACCAUAUCUUCGACUGCGAAACCAAGGACCAAGAGAGAGAGGUGUGCUUUGUCGACAUUGCCUAUGACGAGAUUCCUGAGCGAUACUACAAGGAGUCAGAGGAUCCGCGCCAAUUCAGGUCGGAGAAGACGUCACGAGGGCUGCUGCAGGAGGGCUGGCGGGACACGCAGGAGCCCAUCAUGUGCUCCUACAAGCUGGUGACGGUUAAGUUCGAGGUGUGGGGUCUGCAGACUCGCGUGGAGCAGUUCGUGCACAAGGUUGUGCGGGACGUCCUACUACUGGGACACAGGCAGGCCUUCGCCUGGGUGGACGAGUGGAUCGACAUGACAAUGGAUGAGGUGAGAGAAUUUGAACGCGCCACUCAAGAAGCGACCAAUAAGAAGAUCGGGAUCUUCCCCCCAUCCAUCUCCAUCAGCGAGACCCCCCUGGCAUCUUACGCCCGCAGCGGCCCCUCCAGUGCCCCCUCCACCCCCCUCACCACUGAGGCGCCCGAGUUCCUGUCCGUGCCCAAGGACCGGCCCCGGAAGAAAUCGGCUCCUGAGACGCUCACACUGCCCGACCCCGCAAGCAACGAGCUGAACCUCCCCCAGCCCUCAUCCUCGGCCUGUCAUUCCAGUCCCCAGCCGCCACAGUGACCACCCCCCCAGAAAGACACAACCACACCGACCCCCUCUGCCCCCCUCACAUAUACCUAGGGUUGCAAAAUUCUAGGAAUAUUCUUGUUAAUUCCCAUACUUUCCCGUUAAUUCCCAUGGAAAGUUUCUAAUGUGGAAUAUUUCCAAAAUUCCCCAGCUUAACUUCCCAUGGAACAAAAAGUUUCAGGAAAAUUUCCAGAAAUUUUCCAGCCCUUUGCAACCCUACGUAUACCUACAUGUGUGGUUCUCUCUGCAGGUCCUCUUAUCUUCCACACUCCAUUAAUCUUCACACCCUUAGCCUGUACUUCAGUGAUUCAUCUCCAAACUCUUUGGCCACAUUACAGUGAUUAAUGGCUGAACUCGCUAGCCAUACUUUGGUUAUUUAUUUCCAGGCUUGUUGUCGGUACCCGAAUUAAUUAUCUCCAAACACACUGCCUAUGUAUGAUGAGUAUAUUUCAAAACUCAUUGACCAGGGCCCAGAUUUCCCGCGUUCAGUCUCAUGGGACAGCCCUCCGAAAUGCCAAGCCAGUCUGAGAUGUGCCAGUGUUCUGUUCCAGCCAUAUCCUGAAACACAACAGGACCAGAAUGCAAUCGCUGUUGAUCUUCCAUGGUUUGUUUUGUAAUUGUCCAGUAAUUCCUCAUGAAAUCACAAGUGUAUGUACCGCUAUUGUAUUGCUGACUAUCAUGACUAAGUAAUAUCUUAUAUAAUAUCAUAUAUACCAUAUGAGUCAAAAAUAGGUUUUCUAUAUCAUUUUAUGUCAUAUUUGUCUGUAAAUAUUUGAAAACGAAACAAAAAACACAUUAUAUACUCAAUGAAACAUGAGGAUCAAGGUGGUGGGUCAUUAUCUGGCUAAACUAUGCAGGACUUUCCUGCUCAAUCAGCUGUAAUCCUGAUGGAAUGUUGGAGUAAGGUAGGUUGUUUUAGGCUGCUGUUGAUUUUGUAAAGACCAUUAAUACUGUCACCGGCAAAGCAGACCCAGACCGUGAUCUGGCCUCCUCCAAGCAUCACAGUGGGAACCACUCAUGCAUAUCGCAUCACUUACAUCUUAUAGCAUCUUACAAAUGCACAGCAAUUAGCAAUUAACACCACCUUCAACUACUGUUAAUAGACAACUGUUUGCAGUUCAAUUCACUGAUAAUUAUGGUUUCAAUUAGGUGUAAUGAAACUUAAUGUUACUUAUCUAGUGCUACAUUUAUCUCCUCUUAACGAGUAAGUACAUUAGAUAAGUUCAUUAAUUCGUAGAACUAAUGGAUAAGUAGUGAUAAGUCCUCAGGUUGUUUUUACUCGAACAAACCUUCUUAUUGGUCCAUUAGAAUCACUAUUACCAGUAUCUAGUGGGUAGAUAAUGAUUAUGUACAUUAUAAAGUAAUGGUUAACUAAAGUUUUUGGUUAAUAUGUUAAGUGAGAAUUGGUUCAUGGUUAAUUCAGAGCAUAAUAGUAUAUUAUCUGUGACUCCUGAAGUCAUAUUUACCCCUCCUAAUUGCUGGACAAAUACAUACCAAACUGUGUAUAUAUCUGUAUCAUUUUGUCUUUGAGCAAGACUCCCACCCAAACAUAAAGAUAUGAAAAUUACAGCCAGGUACAAUCUCAGUGUCUCAGGUCUCUGCCGCUCAGCUGCCUACCCCGUGCUGUUAAUAUACAAGCCAUGACGCCCAGUUGCUGUUCAAAAGAGGUUUAUUGUAGUUGUACUUUUAUAUGUGUACAGAAAUAUAAAUAUCUGCUUUCAUCAACAAAGCUCAGAAUGGUUAUGCAGGGAGUGCAGAACACAGAGCUGAACUCAAAUGGCCUGCAGACCAUAUUAAUAAUCGCUAAAUUCUUUGAACUGCUGAAGAAGGGUCACUUUAAACCUUAAUGUUGUUCCUCUUAGCUCAUCUCUGGAGCUGCGACGGCAAACAGAGUUCAGGUCUAUUACAUGUGAACUAUUGUGUACAGCAGUUUCCUUUUGUGUUGCCUUGAAGCUCAGUGUCUCUAGAAUUCAGAAUGAACUUGACUGUUCUUCCAUUAUCUCCAUCAGAUACAUUGAACUUUGUGAACAUUCUGGGUCAUUGCGACUGUUCAGGGCUUUUUAUUUGUAUCGUCUCGAUCAGAACAAAAGCUGAAACACGAUGGUGCAGAAAAUGGGGCAAAACAAAUAGAGCAUAGAGAUUUACCAAUCAUGACUGAAAGUACCGUACAUAGAUAUGGUAGGCUAAUAUAUCAUUACUUGAGACUUCCAUUACAAAGAAGAUUCCUGUAUAAAGUACAUUUUUAUUCCUUGCUGUCCUUGGAAUGCCUGUUAGUCACGCUUGCUGGUGUAAGAGCAUUUUGGCUAAUAAUAAUGUUUAAUAAAGACAUUAAUUCACAUUGAGUUGCUCAGUUUAUACCCAUUUUUUUCAUUUUGAUAAUUGUUGGACACUGUUACCGGGGAGACAGAACCGAUAGACGCAAGCAUUCAUGGAGUGACUUCUGAAUAUAAACUGUUCAGUCUAUGGUGGUUUUUUUCUGCCGCAUGGAAUCUUUGCGCAUAUAUUUAUAGAUAUAUAUAUAUGUAUAGUGUGUACAUGUAUCUAAUAUGGAGGGUUUGUUGGUGUUACUGUGGAAACUGUGGAAAACAUGAAUGCCAGUAUAAAAGGCCGUAUGCUCUGGUAAUGCAGAGUUUCUUCAGAAACCAAGCAUGCUCUGAGGAGACUGUUCUCCACACCGUGCCUCUGCAUGUGGAUCUGUCCUCUGACCUCUAUACCAAAUCUGUACGAUACUUGUAUAGCAUCGAAACGUCCAGUCCUUUUUUACAUCGGGUUGCAUGUCGCUUCUCACAAAGUUGAAGGCGAUGGUAAACCUUUCCUGUCUCACAACCACGCGUCAAAGUGCAUUGAGCUGCACAGAGUAUGAACAGAUUUGCACGGAACGGCACAUUUGGUGCACUACAAAUGCUUUGUCAUGCAUCGAUCUGCUUGAUAAUAGCAUAUUACACCGUGAGGCCAAGUAUGUUUACCUUAAGCAUAAAGAUUAUAAUAGAAGCUUAGGUGGAUCAAUGAGCAGAAUUUUUUAUCCAGGGAGAAAUUUCAUUUGGAACAUACCAAAUAUUUAUCAAAUGUCACCCCCUUGAGGGAAGUCUGCUUGAUAUACAUUUGGUAUGUCAAAUAAUUGUUAGCACUUGUGUAUUUCAGAGAUGUUGUGCUUAUACGGGUAUGGGUUUCUAUUUUAAUCUCUCAUGAGGUAAAAUACAUUACUGUGUUUUAUAGAACUAUCCAUAGGUCUAAUAAAUUAACUUGGUUACAGUUCAAUCUUGUAAAGUUAGUCUUACAUGGUUAUUAGGCUAAAAUAUCACUUGUGCACAUACCACAAGGCUAUCAUUGUGUAUAGAUUCAAAUAUAUUUUGAAACGUCUCAUGGAAACUGUACUUAGAUGUGAAACCAAGACUUCUAAGUUCUUAUUGUGGCAUCUAAAUAUGAAGUUUAUUUGUGAAUUUGUGAAUCAUUACAGGACUGCCUUUUUAUUUCUGAUAUUUACCAUGUUAAUUUCUCAAUAAACAUGGUGAAUAAACACAGUUUCUCACAAUCAUUUUAAUAGUUGUUAUUGUAUAAUUUUAAGAAUUUAUUGUUAGCAGGUGUUAAGUGUCUCCAUAUUGAUUUUUAGAACAAACAUAAGGGUAGUUUUCAAGAGCUAUUCCCAAAAAAUGUGCCACCUUUUAAAGAGAAUUAUCAGGAUACUAGAUUGGGCCUAUAAAUUUGCAUAACGCACCACUUGUUUUAAAAGUUGUUUAAAUACAUUUUAACAUAUAUCCGCCAAUAAAUGAGGAACAGAUUGUCCACAAAACUGUUUCACUUUUCCAGUAUAUAUGUACUUUUUUCUUUGCUUUUAUGAGUUCAGAAAUGUAUUUGAAAGUGUUUUCUGUUGACAUUGUUUUUUAACAUGACAUAGAUUUUAUGAUCAAAAUAACAUGUAUGCUUAGCAAUUGAUUUUAAUUUACUGUUACAGUAUUUUUUAUUAUUUUUAUUUUUUUUCCAGUGAAUUUGACAAACUUGCAAGCAAACAGGAUCAACCUGAUAUUAAUUUCACUUUGUAUGGUAUUCACUAUGGUUUUGUUUUGUUGUCAUUUUAACUAUAUUAAUGUAGAAAAAUGACCAAGGUCUGAGUGUUUCGAAGGGUUAAGUGUCAUCCUCAUUAGGCUGCUGGAAGCCGCUCUGAGUUCUUUCAUUUUCUCUGUGUGUUAUUUUAUUAUUGUAGUCGCACUUUCAUUUUACUUUGUUCUUGUAUAACUACGACAUAUUUUCUUAAAUGUUGUACUUAAUAAAGUUUAGUUGCAAUUA